AUGAAAGGCCAGCGGGAGGCGGAGCGGAUGCGCAAGAAGACGCCGCCGCGCCGACCCGCGGAGAGCGGCGGAGCCCACAGAUCGGCGGAACGAUCCGCGCAACUUCCGGAGAGCAUACAUGACCUGUACGGGGCUCCGCAAUUUGGGAAUGCGGCAGCGAGUUACGGCGGAGAGGAGCGGUAUUACGAGCACCCGGCGCAAGCACACGGGGAGCGCGCGAUGGGGAGCUUAGCGGCGGGUAUGGUGAUGGGGGAAGUCAAGAACCACACGGGGAGGGUCAAGGAGUUGGGUAGGGCUAGAAGCGGUAUGGCGGAAGCAGACACGGCUCAUGGGAGGGCAGGUGCGGAUAUGGUUCAAGGGAGGGUGUAUAGAAAAAUGGCGACGGAACGAGAGAGAGGGAAGGAGGCGGAGCGGGAGAGACAGCGCGACCUCGAACGGGGAAUUUACCUUGGAAAUUUUGACAGAUCCGUGUCGGAAACCGCGAUUGAGAGGGCGCAGUCGGGUGGUUUACCCUGGAAUAAUGCGGACAGAGCACAUGAGCUGCUGGAUAGACCGCCUACGGGGUCGCUUGGGGUGGAAAGGAUGAGACGGAGGGAGAAGGGAGCAGAGGCGAGACGAGAGGCGGAGAGGGAGGGGGUGAGAGGGAGGGCGAGGGAUGGGGUUAGGUCAGGGGUUGGGGGAGAGGCGGAUGUGAUGGGAGGAGGAGGUAAUUAUAAUGAAGGGGGGAAUGAACAGUACUUACGCAUGGCGACGUGUGAUUCGUCAGUGCGACCAGGGAGGAGCAGGGGCGGGUGGGUCCGGGGGGGACAGGGUGGGGUUGGUGGCGAAUGGGAGUGUGACACGUCAGCUGGGAGAGAGGACGAGGACGAAGCAGAAGGGGAUAUUGAGGAAGAUAUGGGGCUACGGACAAAAGCGGCAAGUAGGCAGCAGGAGCAGCAGCAGCAGCAGGGUUUCGGUGCUUCAGCUGCUGCUCACGCUGCCUCCUCUUCUACUGUUUCCCACUCCUCUGCGGGUCCGAGGCGAAUGCAGCACAGUGUAACAGCAGGGGAGGCAGGAGGCAGGGAGAGGAGGCGAGGGAAGGUAGUGGGAAGCGCAGGGGAGAAACGUGGGGGUGGGGUGGGUGGUGGUGUCGGGGAAGGGGAGGAUGAGGGGAUGAGCAGUGAUCACCUGACGAGAAUAGCCGCCCAGAUGAUGGGGUUCGAAGAUGGGGAGGAAGAGGACGGGUUACAGGAAGGAUGGGGGGAAGAAGGAGGAAGAGGAGGAGGAAGCAGAGAAAAUUUCCAGGAGCCACGGCAUGAACCCAGCCACAGCUCCUCCCGACCCUCUUCCAUCCGCAAGGCACACUCAGCCUCGGCCAAGCCUGCCAAAUCCGGAGGCUUGGCAACAGGCUCGGGAACCGGCGCAGGUGGCGACGAUGCAUCUAUUGAGCAGCUGCUUCAGCUGGGGUUGAAUGAUUCGCGGCUAAGGGACUGGGCUGCUCGGUUCAAAGCAGGAGAGACAGACAGACGGGAGCUGCAGACACUGCUGCUGGAGCUUCAGAAGGAGCAGGGGUUGCAAGGGGUGGGGGGAGGAGCAGGGGGGAGGGGAGAGGAAUUCACAGGAGGGUUUGCAGUGGGGGCAGAUGGGGCAGAGGGAGUGGCUGAUUCUGUUGCUGCAGCUGCUUCUGGGUCAGGAUUAGGGUUAGGGUUUAUGGGGGGUUCGAGACCUAGAUCUUCCUCUCGCAGGCUUGCCAGCAGCAGUGGCGUCCGAAGCAGGCCAGCUUCGUCGUCGCACCACAACCGAACCCAGAGGGCCGGGCAUGCCAGGUUCGGCAGCAGCAUGGGCUUGGUAACAGGCCUGGGCGGCUUAGGCUCGGGAGCAGGUUCGGGAGACCCCUUGGAGGGGUCUGGUUCGGAGGGUGGUUCGGACGCGGAGGAUUUUUUGACUUCGGUUCCCCCGUCGGCUCUGGACGUUCUGCAGGGCAGCGGGCAGGCGAAAAAGAAACCCCCGACCGGAAAUUGGAAGAGUCCGCUCUCGGGAGCAACACCAGGGGGAGCCUCAGCCGCGUCUGGCGUUCCCUCCGCGCAAUCAGGUCCGUUGAUCUCAGCAGGAUCUGUCCCAUCAAGAUCCCGAGGAAAAUCCGCAGCGUCGAUUCUAAGGCAUGGCAGUUGGGAGCAGAGGGAGUUUGCACAGCUGGCAGAGCAAUUCGGACUGGCUGCAGAAGAGGAGGGGCUGGGCGGGUUGGUGGAGGAUGGGAUGCAGGGAGGUGCAAGUGUUGCGGGUGGACCUGGGGUAGGUUUAUCUGGUGCGAAUGCAUCUGGGGCGGGGUUAUCUGGUGCGGGUGGGAAGUGGAUUGGGAGGAGCAGCUCAGUUCCUGAGGCAGGCCCGUCUGGGGGCUCGUGGGGGUUUAGUGGGAUGGUGGGAGGGGAGGGAGGAGUGGGAGGAGUGGGAGAGGGAGGAGUGGGAGAGGGAGGAGUGGGGGACACAGAGGAUGAGGCGCAGAGGGGAGAAGCAAGGGGAGUAUCGGAACCAGUGGCUGAUGCUGCUACAGCCGCAGCUGCUACAGCUGCUACAGCCGGUGGUGGUGGUGGGGGUGGGGGGGGGCGGGGUGGUGGUGACUUGUAUGGGGGACGGGGUGUAGGAUUUCAGGGAGGAGUAUCGGAUCUGUAUGGCAGCAAUGGCCUGGCCGCUGCUCCCCUUGUAGCAGGGUCCGCCGCUACUGCUACAGCUGCCAGUGAUGGUGGUGGUGGUGCUGCUCCUGCUGCUGCUGGUGCUGGUGCUGCUGCUGCUCGCACUGGUGGUGACCUGUAUGCGGCACCACCACCACCAUUCCCACUGCCACCACACCCAUCAGCACCGCUCCCACCAGCAUCCUCCCUCUCCAGAAAACCCCCUCAGCCAAGGCUCCCCCGCGCUUUCUCUGGAGACACAGCAAACGCCCCUCCCCCCCGCACCUCCUACCCAGGAGAGGGAGGGAGAGAGGGCGCGAUAUCGGGAGCAAGAGAGGGAGAAACAGACGGAGUGGGAAUUCUAGGGGGGACGGAGGAGGGGAUGUUGGCUUUGGAGCGGAAUCUCAGCCUACCGUCGCCGAAGCCGGUUGCACAGGUGGAAGAGGCAUCGUUUGAUCGCAACCUGUCGCUGCACAAUGUGAUCAAGAAGCGGAUCAGCAGCCACGCCGGGGAGGUGGGGCAGCAGUUUGCUCGCUUAUCCACCCUCCUGAAGAAAUCAUGUGAGUGCUUCCAUUCUCCCUCCCAUGAAGUGGCCUCCUCUCCCAACAAGUUGCCCCAACCAACCAACCUGUCGCUGCACAAUGUGAUCAAGAAGCGGAUCAGCAGCCACGCGGGGGAGGUGGGGCAGCAGUUCGCCCGGCUCUCCACCCUCCUCAAGAAGUCGUCGUCCACCCCCAACGCACCUGGCAGUGCGGGCAGUGGAGCAUCCUCAGGAGGCAAGCGGCCGGCGCAGGAGGGAAAGAAACCACCCAAGCCAGCCAAGAGCGGAUCAGACAGACCUUCCAGCGGCAACCCACUCUCCAGAACAUCAUCCAUAGCAGCAGAGUUUGGCGAUUUGCCAGCACCCAAGAGGGUCUUCCAAAACCCGAAACCCAACUCCCUUUCUUCCCCCCACCCCUUCCCGUUCCCCCCAACUCUCUCGUUCCCCUCCCUCAGAACAUCAUCCAUAGCAGCAGAGUUUGGCGAUUUGCCAGCACCCAAGAGAACGCACUACCAAUAUUCCGAACUACAGCUGGCGACCGAGAAUUUCAACGAGGCCAACGUGUUGGGGCAGGGCGGAUUCGGGAAGGUGUAUUAUGGCGUGCUGCCCGUGCACCCCGCUCAGGUGGUGGCAGUGAAGGCGCUGAAGCAAGGAGGGGGCGAGCAGGGGGACGACGAGUUUGUGACUGAGUUAGAGCUGCUGAGUCGACUGGAGCACAAGCACCUGGUGAAGCUGAUGGGGUACUGCAUGCGCCGCAACCAGCGCCUGCUCGUGUAUGAAUUUUUACCCAACGGGAGCCUCGCCGACCACUUGCACGGCAAAAAGGUCAGGCAGAACGGCCCCUUGUCGUGGGAGAGGCGGCUGAAGAUAGCUGCUGGAUCGGCGAGGGGGUUGAGAUACCUGCACUCGCAGAGACCACAAGUGUUGCAUCGAGAUGUGAAAUCACCGAACAUACUCAUCACUGACAGCUACGUUGCCAAGGUGGCUGACUUUGGGUGUGCGAAGCUGAUCAAGCAGACCAUUAUGGUUGAGGAUCCCACCACAGGGGAGAUGGUGGAGACGCUGGGGGAGAACGUGGAUGUGGCGAUGGGCACACACGGGCACAUGGCCCCUGAGAUUCUGAUGACUGGGGAAAUCAGCGCUGCCACUGAUGUGUACAGCUUCGGAGUGGUGUUGCUGGAACUACUGAGUGGCAGAGUGCCGGUGUUUGAGGAUGGCACGAUGCUCACACACUGGGCCACACCAUUCCUGAAAGACAGGAGGUGGGAUGAGAUGAUCGAUCCUGCCAUGCUUGCUGCUCACACACCAGAAGGGGGAGGAGGAGCAGGAGGAGCAGGAGGAGCAGGAGGAGGGGGAGGAGGGGGAGGAGGAGGGGGAGGAGGGGGAGGAGGAGAAGGAGCAGUGCCAUCUGGCACCGGCACUGGUGCUGAUGCUGACGUGGCGCUGCCCAGGGUGGCCGCCACGUCAGCGUUUGCUCGGUGCGCUGAGCUGGCGGAGUCGUGCAUUCAGUUUGACCCGCUGAUGCGGCCGAGCAUGGAGGACGUGGCACACACUCUUCAGGCGAUCCAAUUAGGUUCGGACGAGGUUCGGAUUGUUCGAAGAAACUCACAGGAAGGUUCUGGGAUUGAAAGAGUAGUGAGCGGUGCAGAUGGGUGGGAUGAGAUGACUGAGGCGGACAAAGAAGGGAGAGAGGGGAGAGAAGGGAGAGAGGGGAGGGAGGGGAGAGAAAGGAGAGAGGGGAAAGAAGGGAGAGAAGGGAAAGGUCAGCGAGGUGAUACCGGGGCAAGGGAGAAAGGAGAGGUGAGGGACAGAGAAACAGGGGGGAGGACGGAGAGAGGUGCCAAAAAGGAGAAAGGGGAGAGGCGGAAGGAGAGGGAGAAGAGCAGAAGCGGGCCACUUCCUUUGGAAAGGGAAUAG